AUGGAGGGCGAGUCAUCUACAUCACAAGCCAGCGGGAGCAGCUGGGCCGCUUUCCUCAAGUCCAUAGCUUCCUUCAAUGGCGACCUCUCGAGUCUCACCGCUCCUCCGUUCAUCCUCUCGUCCACCAGUCUGACCGAGUUCAGCUCGUACUGGUGCGAACAUCCCCCUAUAUUCGCCGCUCCGGCGAAGGAGCCCGACGCCAAGAAGAGGGCCGUGCUGGUCCUGAAAUGGUUCUUGACCACUCUCAAGCAGCAGUAUGCGAGCCGUAGCGAGCAGUACGGAAACGAAAAGAAGCCUCUGAACCCCUUCCUUGGAGAGCUAUUUUUUGGCAAGUGGGAGGAUGAGGCGGGAACCACCGAGUUGAUCAGCGAGCAAGUCAGCCACCAUCCACCGGCGACCGCAUACAGCAUCACGAACGUCCCCACAGGCGUCCACCUCGAGGGAUACAAUGCACAAAAGGCCACCUUCUCGCGCACCAUCAAUAUCAAGCAGAUUGGGCAUGCCAUUCUGACCGUUCCCAACCCGGCGGGUGAGGAGCCGGACAAGUACCUCAUCACCCUCCCGGCUCUCCAUAUCGAGGGCCUGAUAUUUGGCUCGCCCUUCAUUGAGCUCGAAGGUGCCUCCUAUAUUACCUCCUCGACGGGUUAUACUGCCAAGAUCGACUACAGCGGCAAGGGGUGGCUGUCGGGCAAGAAGAACUCCUUCACGGCCAGCUUGUAUCCGACCGGCAAGGAAAAGGAGAUACUGUAUAACGUCUCGGGCCAGUGGACCAAGUCUUUCGACAUCUACCCAGGCUCCGCCAAGGGGAACUCGAAGGCCACUCUGAUCGAGAACUACGACCCGGCCGAGGUACCCGCCACGACGCUGACCGUGGCGCCAAUCGAGCAGCAGCACCCGCUCGAGUCGCGCCGCGCGUGGUCAAAGGUGGCGGCGGCCAUUGCCAAGGGCGACCUCGACGCGGUAAGCAUCGAGAAGGGCAAGAUCGAGAAUGCCCAGCGGGAGCUGCGGGCCAAGGAGAGGUCCGAGGACCGCACGUGGGAGCGCCGCUACUUCUCGUGGCGGACCGACGCACCCGACGCCGUCCUCGCCGCCCUGGGGUCCGUCGUCGGGGUCCCCGACCACGGCGACGCGGACAAGACGGGCGGCCUGUGGCGGUUCGACGCGGCCAAGGCCGGCAAGGAGAGGGCCCAGCCUCCGUUGGGCGACGAGGAGGCAGCCAAGAUCGCGAAGGAGUUGCUGGGACAAUAA